ACGUAGGUACCGCUCAGAAUCCGAUCAGAAGAUCGCCGUCCUUCAGUAUGACAACGACUUUCCAGGCUCACCGCCCUCCACUUUUGAGUUCGGGCUGCGGUGUUUUCUCGUUGGAUUUGAGCUCCAAGAUCGUAAGUCUCAUCUGCCUGUGCGAGGAAAUCCUGUGGAUCGGACUGUUUGUGACGGAUUUGUCCCGAGGAGUGGGUGACUCGGUGAACGAGGAUGAUCCUUGGAUCUGGUUGGGCUUGAUCAUCUUGUUGGCUCCGGGGAUCUUUUUGACUGACUUCUUACUUAUCUACGGCACCAUUAAAAAGGCCCAAAAUUUGAUCUUUCCUUGGGUGGUCAAGGAAUGCUCCACGACUUUACUAUUAGUGGUGUUUGCUAUCCAAGAAUCCCGCAAGUGCUUCAUACAUUCAUCUUCACAAGGUUCGAGCUCAGACAUCUGUGGACUCAGUCCUGUUCACGAUGCCGUGUACAUGUUCCUGAUUGUCAUCAACCUCCAUCUCCGAAUCUUCAGCAUCUUCGUCGUGCUCUCGAGGAUGUGCGAAUUAAAAAUUUCACAAGAAAAGAAGAUUUACAAGAUCCAAAUUAAUCCAAAAAACAGUUCAUCAGUCUCGAUCUCUAAAUAUUGAUUGAUUCAUCGAUAUAAAACGCACAGAAUUUGUAAGAAACGUGAUCUUCCCAAAUAAAUUGACGUAGCAAACC